CGAGAGGAAUCGGCUCGAGAUCCUACAAAGGAGUGACCGACCCGAGCACACACACACACACACACACAGGCACACACACACACACUGCUGCUCCUGUCUCCGGAUUAUAUCGGGUCAUUGAUCUCAACACUGGUCUCCUGUAAGAGAAGUUCUUCACUAACGUCGUCUAGAUGCGGAAAAGUGUCUCCAGACUACGCUAGACAUGCUCAGCAGUCUGUAUCCUUAAGCAGCGGCCACCUGUGAUGAGCUGAACUUUGUUGAUGAUGAGCUUUGUGUUGCCGCUGAGUGAUAACUGACCGGCGUGAAAUCACCGUCUGGACCCGCACAAGUUCUGAGGGGUGCAAGCGCCAAAGACCUGUGUUGGACUUGGGGUUUGUGCAGCUUAAUAUCUACAGCUGCCAAUGACUGAAGCUUAUGUCUGGGGCAAUGGAAGUGUGAACAAGUCAGAGCAAUACUAGUGAACCAUGGCUGCCCAUCGCAUUCGUGUGACCAACAACAACUAUGUUCUCCCGCGAUGCAAGUCAGAAGGAACGCUGAUUGACCUCAAUGAGGACGUGUCCGAGGCCAGUCUUACAGAGGUCAAAGUUCCUUCCCCCAGUGCAUUGCGUUUGGACACCACUGCAUCUUUUGGGAGCGCACAGGAAGUAGUCGCCAUCAAGGACUACUGCCCUAACAACUUCACCACGUUAAAGUUCUCCAAAGGAGAUCGCCUCUACGUGUUGGAUGCAUCCGGAGGAGACUGGUGGUAUGCUCACAACAACACAGAGAUGGGAUACAUUCCUUCUUCAUAUGUCCAACCUGUUGGCUAUCGAGACUCUUGUCUCAGUGACAGUGGAAUGAUUGACAACCUGGGAGACUCCUCGGAUGAAGGCGUGAAGGAGAUAGACUUGUUGGGAGAGUGGACUGGAAUGUCCCUGAAGUUCCAUCAACCUUGCAACAGCAAAAACAACCCGUUUUCAACAAAUCCGUUUCUCAACGGGACCGUGCAGAACCAGCUACCAAACCAGAACACCAACCAACACAACAGCAUCGACUUGCUCCUGUUUGAAUCUCUGACUCCAUCUGCUCCUGUCUCUACUGCCAGCAGCAACAGCACCAGUAACGGAUAUGGUAGCAGCAUUUUUGACGGCACACCCACUAGCCCUAACGUGGAAACCUUGCAAGUGUUCCACAAGGACAACCCAUUUUUCCGAAGUAAAAGAUCUUACAGUUUGUCAGAGUUAUCAGUCCUACAGUCUCAAUCAACUCCUCCUUUGCAACCAUCCGAGUUCUAUAGCGGUCUUAAGGCACCUUCUCCAGAGCAGUUUAAGAGCAGAGAGGACUUCAGAACAGCUUGGUUAAACCAUAGGAAGUUGGCACGCUCGUGUCAUGACCUUGAUUCCUUGGGACAGAACCCAGGGUGGGGCCAAACACAACCAGUCGAGACUAAUAUUGUUUGUAAGCUGGACAGUUGUGGUGGGGCAGUUCAACUGCCGGACACUAGCAUCAGUAUUCAUGUUCCGGAGGGUCACGUUGCAGCUGGAGACACCCAGCAAAUCUCCAUGAAGGCUUUACUGGACCCCCCACUGGAACUAAACAAUGACAGGUGUACUACAGUCAGUCCUGUAGUCGAGAUCAAACUUAGUAACAUGGAGAUAAAGUCGUUCAUAACCUUGGAGAUGAAAGUAUCUGUAGAAGUAAAGAAAGAGAGCAGACAAAUGACAAAGGUCGUGUGUGUGAGGAGUGACAGUAAAGACGGCCCAUACGUCCCGAUUCCUCAGGCUUACAUAUACGGUGACACGGUUCAGGUUCAGCUGGACAGCCUGGAACCAUGUAUGUAUGUCGCAGUUGUGGUCCAGUCUCAAAACAUCUCCUUUAAUUUAACAGUUUGGGAUCAAGUAGUAAAGAAAAUUACAUUGGGCCUGUAUGGACCCAAGCACAUUCAUCCAUCCUUUAAGACCGUGGUUGCAGUUUUUGGGCACGAUUGUGCUCCGAAGACGCUGCUUGUCUCUGAAGUCGGGAAACAAGCUCAGUGUGCGCCGCCCGUUGCACUCCAGCUGUGGGGUAAGCACCAGUUUGUCCUCAACAGGCCUCAAGACCUUGAAAUAGGCAUGUACUCAAAUAUGUGCAACUACGAGGUAAAAAUGAAUGAUCAGGCCAGAGUGGUCCGGGGCUUUCAGGUAAAACUCGGCAAGGUCAGUCGGCUCAUAUACGUCAUCACUUCUCGAAAUGCGCAAGAGCUGACGGACUUCACCUUACGGGUUCAGGUGAAGGACGAUCAGGAUGGCAUCCUUGCUCAAUUCUGUGUCCAGACCCCACAGCCGCCUCCUAAAACCGGAAUCAGAGCUAACGGCCAGCGGAGAUUCCUGAAGAAGAAGGAAGUAGGGAAAAUUCUGUUGUCCCCUUUGGCCAUCACCACUAAAUACCCACAGUUUCAAGACCGCUGCAUCACCAACUUAAAAUUUGGUAAAGUGAUCAAGACAGUGAUCAGGCAAACAAAGAACCAGUAUUUGCUGGAAUAUAAGAAGGGUGACAUCAUCGCCUUGCUAAGCGAGGAGAAGAUCAAAUUAAAAGGACAACUCUGGACCAAAGAGUGGUAUAUUGGUUACUAUCAGGGAAAGACUGGACUUGUACAUGUGAAAAAUGUGCUUGUCUUAGGAAAAGUGAAGCCUAUAUAUUUUUGCGGGCCAGACCUCACAACCGCAGCGCUCCUGGAACAAAUUCUCAAGCCCUGCAAGUUUCUUACCUACAUUUAUGCCUCUGUGAGGACUGUGCUUAUGGAGAACUUGGGAAACUGGAGGGCAUUUGCAGAUGCCUUAGGUUAUGGUAAUCUGCCCCUGACUUACUUCUGCAGGGCAGAUUUGGAUAGUGAACCUGAGAGAGUGGCUUCUGUGCUGGAGAAACUCAAAGAGGACUGCAACAACAUGGACAUGAAGGAGAAGAAAUCUUUUCAGAAGGAACUCAUGAUGGCUUUAUUAAAGUUGGACUGUCAGGGUUUGGUGGUGCGUCUCAUGCUGGACUUCGUCCUCUUGACGACUGCUGUGGAAGUGGCUCCUCGCUGGAGGGAACUGGCUGAGAAACUCGCUCGUGUCUCCAAGCAGCAGAUGGACGACUAUGAAGCUCCACACAGAGACCGAAAUGGAGUCAUGGACUCAGAGGCCAUGUGGAAGCCAGCAUAUGACUUCCUGCUGACGUGGGCAGCUCAGAUCGGUGACAGCUACCGCGAUGUGAUCCAGGAGCUCCAGCUGGGUCUGGACCGGAUGAAGAACCCGAUCACCAAGCGCUGGAAACAUCUCACAGGAACACUUAUCCUUGUCAACUGUCUCGACAUGCUGCGGAGCUCCGCCUUCAGUCCUGCCUCUCAUGACGACUUCGCCAUCUAGAACAUAGCAACACGGCGGUGAUCUUCUCCACCCACGGUGUUCUCCGUAUUUAGGAAGACACGCUUGUGGGCGGGGCUUCAGGACUGAUUUGCAUGUUUUACCUCAGUAGGACCAGUGAGCAGAUCCUCACACAUUGACCUUUGACCAUCUCUGUAUGUCUGUCCAUCUCAGUUUGAAUAUGUUAGUGUGUGUUUGUCUUGAGUCGUCUUCUGUGACAGCCAAAACACUCUCACUGGUUCACUCUCGCUGAUGUUUCUGAUGUUUUUGACAGCGCAUUUACUUUUUAUACAGUUUUUAGGAUCAGCUGUAAAUGAUGUUCUUUCAGUAGCAGAUAAAGAAACGUGAUGUUACGUCUACUAACAUGUUGAGCUGUCACUUUUCUCUUCAUCAAUCUAUCUUUACUAACAAAAACGGACAAUCAGUGAACCAGAUAGACGGUUAGUUAGCGCUAGCGUUGUCCUAGCUGAGAAUUAGCGAGUCGUCUGAACUUUACACGUGGUUUUGAACAUGUUUCUAAAAGUGAUCAGCUGUUGGAAUUGUAAAAUUCUGUUUACUUGUUUACCUUCUUCAGAAUCAGGCUAAGGCUGCUUACAAUGGAGCUACAAUGCUAAUGCUAAUCAAAGGAACAUUCAUUAUGCUGGACUGCUGAUGUUUUCUCUGCUGUAUAAAAGGUUCUUCUUUGGAGGAUGAAGUUUGAACACCUCUUCACAGUUCCAGUUAUUUGUGCACUGUGUGAUGGUUAGACUCGUGAAAAAAAAUCAUGAUAAACGAUUUUAUCGUCCAGAACUGAAAACAAAAAAUGUUCGUUUCCACCAUUUGGUUGUUAUAUCCAUGUGAGCUGACCGAGUUUCUGACCUCACAUUAGUGAACUUUCUCCACGGGACAGAAAGUGAGCGCGCUCAGUCGAGGGCACCGGAGAUGAGGAAGGGGCGGGGCUUCAGGAAGCAUUUGUUAAUAUCAGACAGUUCAAAUGGGUCCAGACUCGUUCGUAUUGUGAUCGACAGAAUGCACAGGAAGAAGACUGCAGUUUGUGGUGAUAAACUCGUACCACUGUAAGUAACGUUACACUGCAGAGCUGCUACACAAAAUACACUAAACUGUUAAACGAUCACGAUCUGAUCUCAUCAGAGUCACAUCACAGCGGUGAUAAUCCUGAUGUAGUGCAUUGUGGUUAAUACACACUCACACACACACUCACACACACUGUACUGAAGGAACAAGCAGUCCCCCAGAACACCAAGCAGUGUUUGCCUGUAGCCUGAAUGGGAGAAAGUGCUUUCAUUGCCAAAUACUGAUCUGUGUUUAGUGUUAAGUUGCAGUAUUAUUCAUCACAUUCCUUUUUCAUCCCUUUUGUCUUUUCUACUUGCUGUUGUUUAGACGAGCGUGCUGCACGCUUGCCGAUGGCUUUAGUGUUAAGUGACUGCCCGUGUGUUGUGUGUAUUAGUGUGUAGUUCAUCUCCACACACUCGACACUCGUCUGCUGUCACAAUGUGUGUCUCUGUCUCCUCUUUCAGGACAUUUCAGGCCUAGUUUAAGCCACGUGUUUAGAGAACGUGUCGAUCAGACGUGAUGUACAACGUGUUGGAAUCCGAGUCAAUAAAUAAACACGCUGUCACUUUGGAAA